AUGGACCGCGACCUCGAGCCCGGUCCAUCACACGCCACCUCGUCCGCCCCCUCCAACAACAAGCGCAAGUACCACGACACCCUCACCCUGGGCCCCAUCCACCACCUUGGCCGUCGCAACCAAGACACCUCCUCGCCUCCCUCCUCCCCGGCCUACCACCACAACUCAGACGUCCACGAUGCUCCACCUCGUCUCGCUGUCAGCGACGACCUCAUGACCAGCCAAGGUCAGAGGGCCCUCGUAGCACGCACCGCACCGCACAUCCUCGACACGGCCUCUCCCGCCCCCUCCAGGACGCCAUCGCUCCCGCUUUCAGGACGCUCCAGCCCGACCUCCGAAUACGACCACUCGGCCUCCGCCCAGCCUAACACCUCUGCCGCACCGCCCACCUCGUCCAAGCAUGUCUCGACCCUACACAAGGUCCCCGAAGGCUACCGCGGUCCCGUCCCCCUAAAGCAUGACGCCGAGGAGAUUGUCAAUCGACUGCAGCUUGUCCUCGCUCCAGGCUCCUCCACCCUCUACAACACCACCGGCUUCCCCGUCAACCGCAACCAGUGGCGCUACACGGGCGCAGGCCCAGCCACUCAGCACCUGCCCACCACCGUGUACCGCACCCUCCAGGUCGCCCCCGACUGCAUACACUGGUGCUGGUCCGAUCGCUCGGCCUUCUCCAAGCUCAGCAAGGACGCCACCAUCUUUAGCACCGACAAAGGCUUCCGCAGCGGGCGAACCAACGUCGGUGUCCGCCAAGGCGAGUGGUACGCAGAGGUCGAGAUACUGGCGCCGGAACAGCCGGCCCUAGGCGUUGGUGCGCAGCUAGCCGCGCCGAUGAAGGACGGACCACACGUCCGCCUGGGUUGGGGUCGCAGGGAAGCGCCGCUCAACGCUCCCGCGGGCUUCGACGGCUACUCGUACGCCUAUCGCGACAGGGGCGGAGAAAAAGUCACCCUAUCGAGGCCCCAGUCCUAUGGCAGGCCCUUCAAGGCAGGCGACGUGGUGGGCCUGUACAUCAAGCUGCCGCCAGAGCGGGAACCGCAGGAUGAAUGGGAUCCGGCCACGAUCCGGCGCGAGCGGCUGCCAAUCCGGUACAAGGGUCAGCUCUACUUUGAAGCGCUCGAGUACGGCCGCAGCCGUGAGAUGGAACAGCUCAAGGACCUCAGCCGCAAGGGCCUCAGCCCUGAAGACGCAUUGGCUAGCAUCGACAGCGCUGCCAAGGGCGAAGCGAGCUCGGACCCUUCAGGAUCCGCCGCAGCGCUCGGGUCAGCGGGAGGCCCAGCCAAGGUCAAGAACAAGAGCCGGAACAGGGCCCCGGGCGGCGCUGGCGGCCCCAAAGACAAGUCUGCCGGUCCAAGGAAGCCGCACCUGCGGCCGCUGCCACGGCUCGCUGGGAGCAAAGUGGGGUUCUUUGUCAACGGCGAGCCUCAGGGCAUCGCGUUCACCGACCUCUUAGACUACCGCCCGCUGAGGAUCAAGUCUGCAGACUCUAGCAGGUCAUCAAAGGGUGGCGGCGCAGGCGGAGGGUCCACCAAAGACUCUCACAAGUUCUCCGACACGGCGCCGGCCGUGCGAAGCCGCGAAAACAUCUUCGACGAUGGGGCUCUGGGCUAUUUCCCAUUCGUAUCGUGUUACGGCAACGCGCGAGCCAGGCUCAUCACGGGCGACAAUGGGUUCCGCUUCCCCCCUCCGCACGACAUCGAAGCUGCACUCUGUCGAGCCGAUCGGGCCAAGUCGUCUUCCGUUCCGUCGAACGACGCCAUGGCGAAGGGCAACGACAAGAUGCGAGAUCAAGUGGACGAUGCAUGGAACAAGGACGUCGAGAUGCACCAGACGGACGAGGCGGAAAGAUGCCGCUGGAGACCGUUGUGGGAGCGGUACGCCGAGCACCUUGCCGAGCAGUGGCGGCACGACCUGGCGGAUGAAGCGAGGGCGGCCAAGAUGGCAGCGGAGGAGGCAGAAAAGCAGCGGCGCAAAGAUGCCAGCAAGGCGGCGGCCGCCGCAGCAAGGAGGGAGAAAGCACAGCGAGCCAAGUCGGUCUUUGCGGAUGGCGGAGUGGGGUCAAAGCGGAGUUCGGCGAGCGCAUCCGCUUCCCCUGCACCCAACGUAGUUGCUCUGCCGCCGGACGAUGGCAGUCUGGCCUCGCAGUCCAUGUUCAUCGGCAAUCCGGGCGCAGAGCACGGCAACGACCUCGACGGGGUGCGGACGCCCUCGCUCCCCCCGGCUUCCCCGGCGACGGCGGUCAAGAGCGAAGAGUGGGCAACGGCCGAGCCGCCCUCGUCCACGGAGCCCGGCCGGCAAUUGACGCCGCCGCCACGUCGGCUGCCGAUCGAGGAGGAGUUAGCGCAUCAACAGUGGGCGGAGAGGCAGAGGCAGGACGAGGAGACGAGGAUGCACCUGGAGAUGAUGUUUCGUGCGGCCAGGGACGACGAGAUGCGUGAUCUCGAGAGCGACCUCGAUGCGGAUGCCGACGCCGACGGCGAGGUGGUGGCGGAUGACGUCGUCAUGGCCGACUCCCAACGGAACGACAGCUCGGUUCUUUGA